UGCUCGCUUGAGCAACUCAACCCCCCUGCCCCCUUACCUUCAGAGUUGCCAUUGGUCCACCGAAUUCUCGCCCGGAAUUGGGACACCCACUCUACUCAUAUCUACGGAUAUAUAUAUGGCGCGCGAAAUUCGGUGACCGGCUUCAGCUGCGUGUUUCUUUCUCCCACCAUCUACCUGGUCUGUGCCUAGACUGGGUCGGACGGCCGGAGCUGCUGAGGGAAGCUUCGCAAUGUCCGGCUCGGCCUCGCUUCACGCCCUCGCGCGGCGGAGUGUGUCGUCGGGUCGACUCGUCGCUCUGAGACGAGCUCGCCACGCAUCGCCCGCUUCCCUGCUAGGCCCCCAUCGCGCAAGAUGUCCCGCCGCGCCAAUCAUUCCUGAUGCUCCCCCUGCCUUUCGCACCUUCAGUACUACCCAUCUGCUCCUCGCUGGUAGCCGGGCCAGCUUUGACCCUGCUUCCGUAGAGCGAGUGAGCGACGAGGUCGAUGUAUGUAUCGUCGGAGGGGGCCCUGCUGGGUUGAGCGCUGCUAUCCGUUUAAAACAGUUGGCCUCGGAAAAUGGGAACGACGAGUUCCGAGUGGUCCUGCUCGAGAAGGCUGGCGAAAUCGGUGCGCAUAUCCUGUCCGGGGCCGUCAUAAACCCUGCUGCGGUCAAGGAUCUGUUCCCCGACUGGCUCGACGAGGCCAACGAAAAUCGAUUCCAGCAUGCUACCGCCGUGACGGGAGACAGGAUGCGAUUCCUGACCAGGACUGCCGCGAUUCCCUUACCGGCGCCUCCCCAGAUGCACAACCACGGAAACUACAUUGUCAGCUUAAGCCAGUUCGCCAAGUGGCUCGGAGAACGCGCGGAAGAAUUGGGCGUCGAGGUGUACCCCGGCUUCGCUGCGUCCGAAGUGCUCUACAAGCCUGAUGGGUCGGUUCUCGGUGUUGCCACCAACGACUUGGGCAUAGCUAGGGAUGGGAAACCGAAGGAGAGCUUUGAGAGGGGCAUGGAGUUCCAUGCCCGAGUCACUCUCUUCGCCGAAGGAUGUCACGGCAGCCUGACUAAGCAGGUAAUCAAGAAGUUCGAUCUACGGAGGGAUUGCCAGCACCAAACCUACGGUCUUGGGGUCAAGGAGGUCUGGGAAAUUCAACCAGAAAAGUUCCAGAAAGGCCAAGUCGUCCACUCUCUGGGCUACCCCUUGCCCCUGGACACGUAUGGUGGCGGGUGGCUGUAUCACUUUGGGGAGAAUCUCGUUAGCGUCGGCCUUGUCGUCGCCCUGGACUACCAGAAUCCGUGGCUGUCCCCGUACGGUGAAUUCCAGAAGAUGAAACAACACCCGUGGUAUCGGUCGGUUCUGGAAGGUGGCAAGUGCAUCUCUUACGGCGCGAGAGCCCUAAGCGAGGGUGGCUUUCAAUCAAUCCCCAAGGUCGCCUUCCCCGGCGGCGCGAUAAUAGGCGACUCCGCUGGUUUCGUCAACGUUCCGCAGGUCAAGGGCACUCACAACGCCAUGAGGACGGGUAUACUGGCUGCGGAGGCUGCUUGGAGUGCCCUAGCUACGGGGAGCGACGAAUCUGUCUUCUUGUACAAUUACGAAGACGCCCUCCGGAACUCCGUCGUCUGGAAGGAGCUGAAGGAGGUUCGAAAUAUGCGACCGUCCUUCCAGACCCCGUUAGGAGCUCUCGGCGGCGUCUUGUAUUCUGGAUUGGAGGCAUUCAUCCUAAAAGGUCGUGUUCCUUGGACUCUGAGACAUAGGCAUACCGACUACGGUGCAACCAAGGCCGCCGACUCGUAUCCCAAGAUCGAGUACCCCAAACCGGACGGAAAGAUCAGCUUCGACAUCCUAACGAGCGUUUCUCGGACGGGAACGAACCACGAGGAAGACCAGCCGGUCCACCUCCAAGUUAAGGACUGGGAUGCCCACACCCAAGAAACAUGGCCUAAGUACAAGGGUGUUGAGAACCGGUUCUGCCCCGCCGGCGUAUACGAAUACGUCGAAGACGACUCGAAGCCCCUCGGCGUCAGGUUCCAGAUCAACGCGCAAAACUGCAUCCACUGCAAGACUUGUGAUAUCAAGGCGCCUAAUCAGGACAUCAACUGGACCGUACCUCAAGGCGGAGAGGGCCCGAAGUAUUACAUGACGUGAGAGGAAGGUGGAGGCAAUGAUGGGCUAGAAAUGGUGGUCGAAUUGGCGUUUUUGGGAAAAGGUUCCCCUCCCUGAUCCGGAUUUUGGACCUAUACCAUACUCGCAAUGAA